ACACUUAAUUUGUAAAGAGUAUGAUGAGCUCGUGGAGAAAUUUGAAAAAGCGGAAACUAAAGUACAACAACUGGAGAAUGAUAUGAAAGUCUGCAACAUACAGAAAGAGAAGGAACUAUUGCAAGAAGAGUUAUGUCGUAAAAAGGAAGAAGUUCGGCAGCUGCAUCAGUACAAAGAAGUGAUGGAAAAGAGACAUGGGAUACUUACGGCCACAAUUCAGAUGCUCAAGCAAGAUUCUCCUAAAACCGACGAUUACAACGACUCUCUUAAGAAACUAAUUGAAGAAGAAGCCAAAUUGAAGAUUGAAUCUGACAUAAUGAACGAUCAGCUUCAGAAGUUAGCCACUGUAACUGAUCCACUAAGUGAAACGGUAAAUGAGGCUUCGAUGGAAACAACUGAAGAAAAAACUCGUGUUCUUUUUGCCAAUAACAGCAUUUCAGACAAAUAUGAGUCAUGUGAUAAUGUACGUGUGGUUGCUGCUAUACAUAUUGGUUCUCAAUUCACUGAACUUGCAUUUUCUAUGACAUCGAAUCCAACGCGUAUCAAAACUUUGAAUUGGAAUGGAGGUAUUUCGAAGAAAGAAAAAACCACGGUGUUGAUUAAGGAGGAUGGUAAAACCUUUGAGGCAUUCGGUGACGAAGCAGAACAAAUAUACUCAAACCUGGUUUUCAAAAAUAAAAAAGAACGGUAUAUGUUUAGAGACUUCAUGCAACAGUUAUACAGAAAGAAAAGCAUUGGAACAAAUACGAAACUGAAAGAUGCAGAUGAAAAAACACUGAAUGCAUUACAAGUGGUUUCAACAACAAUAAGACAAAUACAAUCCAAAUUCAUGACUCGUCUAAAAGCACAAAUUCACGAUGGUCGCUUCGAUGAAAAAGACAUGUACUGGGUAUUAACAUUUCCACCCGGCCAUGACAGUGCGGAAACAUUUAUGACAAUGGCAGCCGUACAGGCCGGAAUAGACAGAAGUCAUGUGAGCGUUGUAAUGGACAAAGAGGCAAUCGUUUGUUUCUUUCCACAAUUGGACUUCCUAAUGGAAGAAAACCGAAUUUCAACGGUAGCUACCGGAACACGUCACAUUGUGUGUGAUGCGAGAGCUGAAAAAGUCGGAAUUGCAGUCAUUGAGGUUUCUUCAGUAUAUAAAAUCAAUCUGAUACAGGCAGAAUUUAUCAGUAGAGGGGAAAUGAUCAAUGAGGCGUUUGCAAAUAUAUUAGAUUCUUUCGCAGGAUUUGAAAUAAUGAAGUUGUUGAAGGAUAUUUAUUUGAACGACUUCAAUGAAAUCAACAAGAAUAUCGAAAUAAUAAAGAAGGAGACAAAAUUACCGAAAAGGAUUUUUUAUACUUUCAAACUUCCGGCGUUGUUUUCCAUUAAAGUUCAAGAACGCUGCGGAAGAAGUUUAAAGGAACAAAUUCGAAAUUCCGAAUACAAGACUGAGGUAUUUGGUGAUGGUAAUAAACUGUUGAUCAGAAAAUCGAUUUUCAAAAAUAUAUUUAAUGAGAAGCCCCUUCAGAAAAUAAUUGAGCGUCUGUCCAUCGUAUCAUCAAGAAUGGGAUGCAGUUCCAUCUUUACAGUCGGUGAAUUUUCCGAAACGCCAUAUUUCCAAAAAGCAUUGCUAAAGGCCUUCCCUAAAAUGCGGAUCACUUGUGCACGUGGAAAAAAUGCAAUUCUUACAGGUGCAGAUUUGUUCGGACAUUUCGUAUGUGAUGAUUAGUGAAUACGAAACUGACCAAGUGUGUGAAACGUCCAUGUUUAAUUAUGAUCGCCAGUGGAAAAACAAAAAACAUUAUCAAUUAUCAAAGUAUACUAAAUUAAACUGUAUUAAUUAUUGAUAUAAUUAUCUUAUAUCGAUCUGAGUGUUUUAGGAUUGUUUACUUUAUCAUGUACGUAACCAUAAUUACGGUUUUGAUCGAUACAAACUACUUUUUCUUACGGGAUGGAGAAACAGGAUACUUUUAAACCGCCAUAUGUUCGCUGGUCAUGAUGAAUCUUUUAAACGUACUUCUUCCCGACAUUUACCAAGCCUUGAUUAUUAUCCAAUCGUAAUACUUGCCCUGAUUUCUAUCCAAUCGUAAUACUUGUCCUGAUUUCUAUCCAAUCGUAAUACUUGCCCUGAUUUCUAUCCAAUCGUAAUACUUGCCCUGUUUUCUAUCCAAUCGUAAUACUUGCCCUGAUUUCUUUCCAAGUUUAAUACUUGCCCUGAUUUCUAUCCAAUCGUCAUACUUGCCCUGAUUUCUAUC